CUAAUAUAUAAAACUAAAGUCCAAUCCAAACCCUAAUUAUCUAUCACACCUCAACGCCGCCCACCUCUUCACAACACUGUGUUGUGGUAUUCCGGUGUAACUUCAGUUUUGCGUUUUUGAAUUCAGAGUUUCACAACAGAAAGUGAAAAGAAUGAGUCGAGGAGGUGUAACUGCUGCGAAGGGCAAGAAGAAGGGGGUGACAUUCACCAUUGACUGUGCAAAGCCAGUGGAGGACAAGAUCAUGGACAUUGCGUCUCUCGAGAAGUUCCUUCAAGAGAGGAUUAAGGUUGCUGGCAAGGCCGGUGCUCUCGGUGACACAGUCGCCGUCGCACGCGAGAAGACCAAAAUCAUUGUUACUUCCGACAGCAACUUCUCUAAACGGUACCUCAAGUACUUGACUAAGAAGUAUUUGAAGAAGCACAAUGUGCGUGACUGGCUCAGAGUGAUUGCUUCUAACAAAGAUAGAAGCGUUUAUGAACUGAGGUACUUCAAUAUCGCUGAGAAUGAAGGAGAGGAAGAAGAUUAGUCAUGUCGGUUUAUUCAUUUGAGAACCUUUUUACCCUUCUUCUGAAUGGUUGAUUAUCUUUUGGCUUGAGCUCUGUUUACAUUAGUUGCAAUUUAACAGUUUUGUUUAUUUGAGAGUUGUGAUUCGGAAUAGAGUUCACAUAUUAUAUUUUUAUUAAACUGAUAUUGAGAUCAUCUCAAAGCCCAUCCCUAGUAUCUUAUUAUUUGUUCUUAUGUCUUGCAAUUGAAAAAUGUUUCAUCAGAGCAUCGGUUACUUGCUUCUGGAAAAGCAAUAUAGAAUUUGGUUUGCUUAUUGACUUAAA